GCUGAGCUGAAACUCGGCAUUUGCAACGGUGUCUUCAUCACUGACCAGACCACUGAGCUAAAAUGUGGCUUGAUAUCAGAGUCAAUUUUCUUCUUCUAUUAUUCAUUGUUUCUCCCACACUUGAGCGAAGGUACAAGAGGCAAGGAUUUAACAGCGAAAGGUGUAAAACGCCAAGAAACACAGAAGGUGUUUGCAUCAACAUCAGGGAUUGCCCCGAGCAUCUUGAUUAUCUCCUGAACAAACGGAAGGACCCAGAAAUAGUACAAUACCUUCGGGAAGCUGUAUGUCGAAGGGAAAAUGGUCAAAUAAUCACCUGCUGCCCUGUAAGGAAAAAUGUAAAUUUUGGAAAUGACAAGAAUGAUUGUAGGACCCCAAGAAAUGUGCCAGGUCAGUGUAUCAACAUCAAGACAUGUCCAGUGUUGUUGGACAUGCUUCAACAACGAAAAGAGCCUGGUUGGAGAGAAUACCUGCUUAAGUCUCAAUGUGGGACAAAGGAAAACAAUAUUAUCAAGGUAUGCUGUCCUGGCCCCUCCACAGAGACUCCUGUUAAUACACAAUCUAAUGACCUCCCGGACACCAACGUCUGUGGUCGGUCUGAUGCUGCAGCAAACAGGGUGGUCAAUGGUCGGCCGGCUGUGUUAGGUGCUUGGCCCUGGAUGGCGGCCUUGGGUUACAGCUCCCCUACUAAGCCGUUGGACUGGUUAUGUGGAGGAUCAUUGAUAAGCAGCCGACAUGUACUCACAGCUGCACAUUGUCUAGUCAACAUUGGACGUAGAACAUUAACGGUGGUACGGCUGGGAGAUCUAAACCUCAAUGACAGUAUACCAGACAGAGCUACUCCCAUGGACAUUCCUGUGGAGAAAACAAUUGUUCAUGAGAACUAUGAUGCUGCUGCACAUACAGUCGACAUUGCUUUAGUCAAACUUAAGAACCCAGUUGAGUUUACAAAACUAAUUCGCCCAAUAUGUAUACCAUCACAAAGUAUCUUUCCUCAAGAUAUUACUGGAUACUCUCCGUUCGUCAUUGGCUGGGGCGCAAUAGGAUAUAGGGGACCCUCAACAACAGCUCUACAAGAAGCCCAAAUUGACAUAUCGGAUCAAAACUUUUGUUCCAAUGCUUACAGGAAUAUCAAGGGGGCUACUAUUGAUUCCAGAGUCAUUUGUGCUCUUUCCCCGCAAGGCAGAGAUGCCUGUCAAGGUGAUUCUGGAGGACCUCUUAUUCUGCCAAAGCAAUCAAACUUUUAUUUGAUUGGUAUUGUGUCUUAUGGUUACAAAUGCGCUGAGCCAGGGUUUCCUGGAGUAUACACCAAAGUUUCCCUGUAUGUGGACUGGAUCAAGAAAACAAUGCGCUCAUAACAACAAAAACAGUAUGAUAAAAAGCUAGCUUUAAAAACUCUUUAUCAAAUAAAUUAAACAUGUCAAGAAAAGUGACAGACCUCAUACGGUCUAAGAUCAUGAGACCUCUUGGAAACUGAUGUAUAUUUAUUAUAUGUACUUAUUUCUUAACAAAAACAAUUUUAAAAUAAUUAAGAUACAGUAUUAUGUGUAUGUAGCAACAAAUUAUUUUUGCAACUUCCUAAGAGUAGAGUUAAAAGGAAAAUAUAUAACCAUAAAACACCUUUGAUAUUUUACAAAAAUUGUCAAAUUUACUUUAAGCUGGGUUUUCCUAUGCGCAGAAGUGGAGAGUGGAGAGAGGAACGCGGAGAACAGAAACGAGAUUAACAUGGUGUUCUGCUCCGCUUCUAGGAAAACAGUAACAUUAAAUUACCUAAGACAAGUGUAGUCCACUCUCCGCGUUUCCUCUCUCCGCUCUCCACUUCCGCGCCUAGGAAAAACCGGCUUUAUUCAUAAACGUAAGUAUUUAUUUUAUAUAAUCACAACUGUAGCAUUCACUUUCAUAGGCUGAAAUAAAAAUCCUGUAAAAAUA